AUGGCAAUUGAGGAAGAAAGAUUUAGAUGGAUACGAAAUCACCAAGAAAAACUCAGGACAUACCUUUACUCUGGUUUAAUGGAUGCUGCUCAUCGAGGGGAUUCAAAUUGCUCAAAAGUGGAAAAAACAAUUAUUUUACCUUCGUCACACACUGGGGGACCCCGAUAUAGAGUACAAAAUUAUCAAGAUGCUAUGGCCCUUUGUAAAUGGGCUGGAUAUCCUGAUUUAUUUCUUACUUUCACUUGCAACCCAAAGUGGCCAAAAAUAAAUGACAUGAUUAAUUUAAUUGGUCAAAAAGACGAUGAGAAUAGGGUUAAUACCAUAUGCAGACUUUUUGAAAUAAAGUUGAACCAACUAAUGCACGAUCUGAAAAAUGAACAACCAUUUGGAAAAAUAAUCGCAUCAGAACAUAUAGACAAAAUAAUAAGUGCAGAAAUCCCAGACUCAAAUAUUGAUCCUGAUGGUUAUAAUGCCGUUAUCAAAUUUAUGAUUCAUGGACCUUGUGGAAAACUCAAUUCAAACUCUCCAUGUAUGAUGCAAGGUAGGUACACAAAACAUUUCCCAAAAAAAUUUAAUGAUCGAACGACAAUAGACGCAAAUGGCUUUCCAGUCUACAAAAGAAGAAAUAAAGGUAUACGCAUUGAAAAGAAAGGUGUCAUUUUAGAUAAUCGAUAUGUCGUCCCUUAUAAUAGAAAUUUGAUUGUCAAGUUUGAUGCACAUAUCAAUAUCGAGAUUUGCAAUUACUCUAGAUCAAUCAAAUAUCUAUUCAAAUAUGUUCAUAAAGGUUCUGAUAGAGCAACUGUAAGAAUCCAAUCUAUUGAUACUUCGGAAGAAAUAGAUGAAAUUGAAACAUAUUUAGACUGUAGGUAUAUAUCAACAACUGAAGCUUGCUGGAGAAUCUUUCAAUUUGACAUACAUUAUAGACAACCAUCAGUUGAAAGAUUGCCAUUCCAUUUGCCUAGAGAGCAUACAGUAAUAUUCGGAGAAAAAGAUUAUGUUGACGAUGUUCUUUCCAAGCCUGGAAUAAGACAAACAAAGUUCACUGAAUGGUUGGAGACAAAAUAA